CAAGUUCAAGUCUUCGAACCGAAAGCAUCAACACAAAUCAACCAUCACUAUGUUCAAAUCCCUUGUUGUCAUCCUGGCCAUCGUUGCCUGUGUUGCUGCCAAGCCAGGUCUUCUGGGUGCUCCUCUGGCCUACACUUCUCCACUGGCCUACACUGCUCCUCUGGCUUACACUCAUCCCGCAGCUGUUGUGGCUGCUCCUGCUCCAGUUGUGACUGCCACCAGCAGCCAGGUGAUCGCCAGGAACUUCAAUGGAAUCGCCGCUGCUCCUGUGAUUGCUCCCGUGGCUGCUCCCGUGAUUGCCAAGUACGCAGCUGCUCCAUUGGCUGCUCCUUUGGCCUACUCCGCCCCCCUGAGCUACGCCGCUGCUCCCGCACCACUCCUUAUCUAAAAAAAAAACAAACUGUGAUCACCUAGAAAAAUAAAAAGAACUUUUAUUCAAA